UUGCUCCGACACUGCCUCUCUCAGCUGACCCCGUACGCUUCAGACUUGACCUCGUGUUCCGCACCCUGACCACCACCACCUGCUCCAGGCUGACCGCUGUAGCCCGCCUCCUGGAUCCACCGUCAGUAGGAACCUCGAGCCACGCGCCGCACACCCCUCGGCCGGGCACCCCAAUCGUCACCUCCAGGAGUAGCCUCAGCCUCCACCUGGGUCCUGCGCCCCGCUCCGCCAGCCAUCUUAGCUCAGCUACCCGCCCAGUCAGUUGUCUACGCUCAUCUGCCCGACCAGUCAGCAGUCUCUCUUACCUAGGGACACCCCCAGAAGAGGAGGAAGAAGAGGAGGAGGAGAGGAACAAGUUUAAGCAGAAAGAGGAUUCACUCAUCACUACCUUCUCAGGUGCUUCCCUCAGCAGCUAUAGUGGUGGGGAGAGCUGCACAGCGCUCCUCGAGUCUCCAGAGUCUCCCAUCCCAGAGUCACCACCCCUCUCACCACGGCUAGACGAGGCCCUCAAGCACAGUGCCUCCUGCUUCACACGCCUCCAGAGGACCUCUUCUCGCGCCCACACUGCUACUAGCCUCUCCUACCGUGCCAGGCACUCCAGGUACUGCGGGUGUUCCUCGGGUCACAGUGUAGACGACACAGAUAUGGUGGACGCCAAGGUGGUCUACGCCAGCAGCCAGGACCCGACCUUCCCGCCCUCCGCCAUGUUGGACGGGAGGCCGGACACGUUCUGGGCGUCGAGCGGACUGUACCCUCAGGUGGUGGUGCUGACGUUGCCCGGCCUCACCGCCAUCGACAACCUCGCCAUCCUCGCCUACAAUGUGAGGAAGGUGUCUGUGGCUCGGAGCAUCAAGACGCAGCCUACUGACUUCGAGGAGGUCGUCGAAAAAGAGCUGCCACAUGACGACGGCAAGCUGCAGAGUUCCGUGUUGUCAGCUGAGCAGAUGACGGCGGUCCACAUCAGGAUCACCAUAGUGGAAGGCCAUGAUCACUUCUGCUCAGUGCACAAGGUGAGCGUGGCAGGUACUGUGACCCAAGGGUAUGGAGGAGGUCAAGCCGUGCCAGCGCCCAAGAAGGUUAUGCCCAGCAAGCCGGCCAUCGUGUCCAGCCCACCUAAGCAACAGCCGACCAGGACCCCCGUGCAGGUAACUUCCAAGCCAAGCCCACAGAUUGAACAAGAUGACGAGGAAAAUGAUCACCUGCCCCCCACAACUUACAUUCAGGACAUUGUGGAGGAUAUUCCCGACGAUGAAGACUACUGAGAGUCAGGAUCAGGAUCCGUUUUGUUGUGAGUCUUCACGAAACAUCUACAUGAGGCUACGGCAGGGAUGUAUGAUAUGACUAAAUGCGUUACUAUGUGCUCCCGGAGGCUGCUGAAAACUUCAGUGACGCUAUUUCACUCCACAAAUAGAUGAGGAAGCUUGACUAGCUACUGAACUUGGUCAACAACAUAUCAUGUUAAGGAAAAUAUUGUAGAAGAUCCUAGGCCUACAAAAUGUUAUGAGACUAUUGAAUGAAUAUAUAAUUGAGAUGCAACAUCUGCUCCCACUAUAUAAUGUAACAUAAAACUGAUGCUUGUUAUUCUGCCUCAGUAGGUAAAAUAGAUUUACCGGAAACUGUACAGUAUAUUCAGAAACAUUCCUGCCCAGAAAACAUUAUAUCAAUGCUCUCAGCUGCACUAUGAAACUCAGGAGCUAAAGUAUCGUUUUCCAUAAAGAUAACAACAGAAGCAUCUAAUUCUAAGUAACUACAGAAGAACAUUAAGCUUACACAAAACUAGAGCACGUGUGUAAUGUUUCUCAUGGCCUCAGAUAAAGCAAUACAAACCUAAUUAGUGAAUA